AUGUUCGCGUCUAAAGACAACCGCCUCGUCUACACAUACGAUGCUGAGCAACUAUGGAUCGAGCCUUGGGGUCAAAACGCAGUUCGCGUUCGCGCCACCAAGAUGCAUACUAUGCCUCAGGAAGACUGGGCGCUCCUACAACAGCCCAACAUCACUGCCAAAAUUGACAUUGCCAGCAACGACGAGUCAGCUACCCUGACGAACGGCCUUGUCAAAGCAACCAUUACCAAGCGAGGCAAGAUCACAAUAUCAAACACCAGCGGCAAAGUCCUCUUGGAAGAACAUGCCCGUCACCGCCGCGACAUCAUCGAUCCCAAAUGCAGCGCUCUAGAAGUCGAAGCCCGGGAGUUCAAACCUAUCUUGGGUGGUGACUAUCACCUCACUGCUCGGUUCGAGAGCCUUGAUGCCAAGGAGAAAAUAUACGGCAUGGGUCAAUACCAGCAACCUUAUCUUGAUAUCAAGGGCACCCAACUGGAGCUGGCGCACCGAAACUCUCAGGCUAGCGUACCUUUUGCUGUUUCUUCGCUCGGAUACGGCCUCUUGUGGAAUAAUCCAUCCAUUGGCAAUGUGGUAUUCGGAAAGAACGUCAUGAGUUUUGAGGCUUUAUCGACCAAGGUCCUGGAUUACUGGGUUGUGGCUGGUGAUACACCUGCGCAGAUUGUUGAGUCGUAUGCUGAUGCAACUGGAAAGGUACCAAUGAUGCCAGAAUACGGUCUCGGUUUCUGGCAAUGCAAACUCCGCUACCAAACCCAAGAAGAGCUCCUUCAAGUUGCACGAGAGUACCGGAAACGAAACCUCCCAAUCGACCUUAUUGUGAUAGACUUCUUCCAUUGGCCCAUGCAGGGGGACUGGAAAUUCGACGAAAAGUACUGGCCUGACCCUGAAGCCAUGGUCAAAGAACUGGAGGAACUUAAAAUUGAGCUCAUGGUAUCCAUCUGGCCAACCGUAGACCGACGAUCAGAAAAUCACGAGGAGAUGGUAGAAAAAGGCUUGCUCAUUCGAACUGAACGUGGUGUGCGCACAGCCAUGACUUUCCAGGGUCAAACAAUUCAUUUCGAUCCGACAAACCCUGCGGCACGGGACUAUGUGUGGAACAAAGCGAAGCAGAAUUACUACAAGAAAGGUAUCAAAGUGUUUUGGUUGGACGAGGCAGAGCCAGAAUAUCGACAUUAUGACUUCGAUCUCUACCGCUACCAUCUGGGUCCGAAUAUAGCGAUUGGUAAUAUCUACCCCCGAGAAUACUCCCGCGCAUUCUAUGAGGGUAUGGAGAAGGAAGGCCAAAAGAACAUUGUCAACUUGGUUCGAUGUGCGUGGGCUGGUAGCCAGCGGUACGGUGCCCUCGUUUGGAGUGGCGAUAUCUCAUCAUCAUGGUCGAGCUUCCGUAACCAACUCGCUGCAGGACUCAAUAUGGGUCUGUCUGGUGUGCCGUGGUGGACAACGGACAUAGGAGGUUUCCACGGCGGGAAUCCAGAUGACGAAGCGUUUCGCGAACUUUUUGUCCGAUGGUUCCAAUGGGGUACGUUCUGUCCGGUGAUGCGGUUACAUGGGGAUCGAGAACCACGGCAGCCCAAGACCAAUGAUAGCCCGUCUUGCCGUAGUGGUGCGGACAACGAGGUGUGGUCGUACGGCCCAGCUGUAUACGAGAUCUGCAAGAAGUAUAUGGGUGUUCGCGAAAACUUACGUGAGUACACACGGAAACUCAUGGAGGAGGCUCAUAAGAAGGGAUCGCCAGUCAUGAGAGCUCUUUUCUAUGAGUUUCCAGAAGAUGGCAAGUCUUGGGAGGUCGAGGAGCAGUACAUGUAUGGGGACAAGUAUUUGGUCUGCCCGAUUCUUGCUAAGAGUCAGAUCAAGACGAAGGUUUAUCUCCCAUCUCUGCCUAGUGGACAGAAGUGGAAGGACUUUUGGGGUGAGCAAACUUGGGAUGGUGGAAAGGAUGUUGAGGUGGACAGUCCGUUGGAGGUUAUGCCGGUGUUUCAGAGGGUAUGA